AUGCCAUCGUGUUCGAGCUCCUCAAUGCGACUCCACUGUCCUAUAUCUGGUCCGAAUUCAGAAUUAAUUACUGUGCAGUUGAUAGAGGAGAAACCUAGGAAGAUAGAAGAACCUCAGGCACGUCCCGUCUCGAACGAUAGGGUCACUGCAGCUCAUCGGCGACAGUUAGGAUGUAUGGAAUGGCUCUGGGGCCUUCCUCGUGGAGGUUUGUCUUACUAUCUAUCGUCGGAGCAGAACAUGAUCUAUUUUCGUGAGGACAUAGCAGAACUCUACGCUGGCGCUGAGUUCACCCUUGCACCUACGUUCAAACUCUACUGCGACAUCAUGGACUUUCUCAAGCAUGCUGGCGUCGUCGAUCGUAGUGAGGAGGACGAGUCCCCCCGCCGGCCUCUGACUGCGCUCUGCCCCCCUUCUGACCGGUACCGCUACGUCUUCAUCCCCUUCACGGAGGCGGCUCGUAAGCUACAGUCCGCGUUCAAGAUGCAGCCACAAACGGAGGACGACAUGAACGGGGGCGUGCACCCUAUAUAUGAUAUACCCCUCCUCCCCGGCAGCGACCAAUUCCCGAUAGUGGAAUGCCAUACCCACCCGUUCUCGAUCUGCAACUUCGGCCAGGAGGCGUUCGACCACCGCGAUUUUGGAGGGCGGAUCGCCUCGCAGUGGGCAAUAUGCACCAACUUCGUGCUGCGUCAGUGGCGAUAUCCAAAAUUCACCGUCCCGCAGUGGUUCCUCGACGCGCCAAAGAAGGGAGCGAACGACUAUGAGGUUACGGCCUCGGAGAAGUCUGGUUAUAGUCUGGGAUCGUUGAUCAACUCACUGCAACGCGCGCCCGGGGACCUGGACGAGAUACUCAAGGUCAGCGAGGUGGAUUAUCCUGAACUCCGCCAGAUGGUCCUCGAGUGGUUUGAGCGGAACAAGCAGCCCUCGAAGCUGCGGCGCUCGAAACGAAUAGCAGAGCGCAUGGCGCGCGCGUCCUCGUAUGGUUCCGCCGCGAAGCGGUCCUCGCAUAGUUCCGCCACCAAGUCCUCCUCGCAUAAUUCGCUCGAUCCCGCACCCUCGCCCCCCCGCCGCCGCCACCGCAAGGCAUCCCCGUCAGCGCGCGCAUACGAUGUCAACAAGGAGCGUGCGAUCCCCCCAUGGGUGCAGCAGAACGGCCGCUUCCCGACGGGGGAGUUUUCGAGCAACGACUGGGCGUUCUUCUACUAUUCGACGUCGCUCGUGGGCCGAUUACCGGAUCGUGAAAGUGGCUCCUGA